AUGGCUUCUCAAUCAUCAGUAGUAAUAUUCAUGAUGAUGAAAUAUUACCUUCUUGCCAUUCUUCUUCUGUGUAUGCUGCACAUGAGAUGCUCUACAGCCCAAGUAGCUGGAUAUAUUGGAAAGGAGAAGGAUGCUCUAGUUGCCCUCAAGAACAGUUUCAACUAUCCGUACCUAAACACUAACUGGACGGGCCCUCCUUGCUUCAAAAGUGAGCCCUCAACUUGGUACGGGAUUCAAUGUACUGGUUUCAAUGACAUUGGCCACGUGACUGGAAUUGUGUUGAAAAAUAUGCCACUGAACAGAAGCAUCGACAUCUUCGCUUUCACCAACUUGGCUGAGUUGUCUGCCCUAACCUUGAAGAACAACUCUCUGUGGGGAAACAUGAUGGAUUUUUCCCUCAAUCCGAAGCUGACGCAUAUCGAUCUUUCGGGCAACAUGUUCCGUGGGCAAAUUUCACCGUCGCUUUUGAGCCUUGGGACGUUGGAGUCAUUGCAGCUUCAGGAUAAUGGAUUCAGCGGUCCAAUUCCUUGGUUGAACCAGUCCACCUUAAAAAUAUUCAAUGUCUCAAACAACAAUGUCAAUGGAUCGAUUCCGAUGACUCAAGCUCUCCAAGCAUUUGGCUACGAUUCGUAUUCUGGCAACCCAGGGUUGUGCGGCAAGCCUUCUCCCAUUGCUUGCAACUCUUCUAGCAUUGAUGACAACCCAGGCACAGCUGAUUCAGUUGAUAAAACUCCCAAGAAUAGGAAUAAGUUCAGUUCGUACUUGUUUCUUUUGGAUGUUGCUGGUCUUGAGGAAAAAAAUGAUGUUGGCGACGAUAGAACGAAGACAGAAGGUCACCGGGAUCCAAUAACGAGACCCAACGCUGCGGCACAAGAACAUCAGACUAAGAGAGGUAAGCUGGUGUUCGUUCGUCCCCAACAUAAUAGUAAGGGGUCUGUUGGGAAUCAAAUGACUGAUUAUCAAAUAUUUGAGAUGGAAGAUCUGCUAAAAGCCUCUGCCGUAGGGUUGGGUAAGGGAAUUUUUGGAAAUAGCUAUAAAGCAGAGAUCACCACGACCAAUAACGCCGUGGCGGGGGGCAGGCAAGUUAAGCAAGCCGUGGUUGUUAAGCGGCUGAGGGAUCUAAAGCCACUAGUUAACGAGGAAUUUACAAAGCCGUUGCAGCUGAUUGCCAAUCUGCAGCACCCCAAUUUGCUGCCUCUUCUUGCUUACUACUUGUCCAAGGAUGAAAAGUUGCUGCUGUAUAAAUACGUUCCCAACGGAAAUUUGUUUAACCGAAUGUUUGGAGAAAGAGGCCCGGAUCGCAUUCCAUUUCGAUGGAGCUCAAGGCUAUCAGUUGCUCGAGGUGUUGCCCAAGCACUGGAGUAUCUCCACAUCAAAGCGACGUCGUCAGCUCAAAGCAGCAGCAGCAGCACUGCUCCUCAUGGAAACCUAAAGUCGUCAAACGUUCUUCUUGACGAGGACGAUAGGGUUCUUGUUUCUGAUUAUGGCUUCACUUCGCUCGUUGCACUUCCAAUUGCAGCUCAGCGUAUGAUGUCGUACAAAUCACCUGAGUACCAAAAGACCAAGAAAGUUUCGAAGGAGUCUGACGUUUGGAGCUACGGAAGCCUUGUUUUGGAGCUCUUGACGGGAAAAAUCUCAGCUUACGCAGCCCCACCAGGUGUGAAUGGCAUAAAUCUCUGCAGUUGGGUUCACCGAGCAGUUAGGGAGGAAUGGACGGCUGAAAUAUUUGAUAUGGAAUUAACACUAGUGCGCAGAACAGCCAGCAGUGGGAUGCUUAGACUGCUACAAAUUGCAAUGCGUUGCUGUGAUCCGUUGCCGGAGAAGCGACCGAAAAUGAAGGAAGUGGUGAGAGAGGUAGAAAGUAUAAGACUUCCUCAAUCAGACGUAGAUGAGGAAGAAGACUUGUCAUUGGAUCCGUCCUUAACCGAUGAUUCCCUGUCAUGGACUGCCCCCCCUGCAAGAGUUAGCCAAUAG